UAUAAAUUGUUUAUUUUGUAAAUUCACUUCCGAGUUUAAUUUUUAGAUUUUUAGAUUGCUAUUUUACAUUUGUGUUUGCGCAGUCCAGAUUUGGCUGUAGACAGGGCAACAUGGUGUUAGUCCUUCUUAUUCUUAGUGUUGUUGGUGUCUCCAUAAGUGAGUGUGCAAUCUACAGGCCAACUGGAGAUUCUGUAAUGCGGCUCUCACAGGCUGGUGGUCAGCUCCUACUUGAAGAGGGUCAUCUUUCCCAAAAUUUCUAUAGAAACAAACGGAUUGCGAAGAAUAGCGAGUUCAGAGCAAUGGAAAAAUCAAACCGGUUUAGUCAGGAUGAUUCAAACUCAGUUAUUUCUGAAUACCCAGAGCAGGAUAUAUCAGCUUAUCAACGUGGAUCCAUCUCUCCGGUCAACAUUGAGGCGUUGGAAACCAGAGCUCAGGAUCUAGCGAUGUCACAAAUCUACGAACUGGAUUCAUCACAUUGCUUCGAAAAGUAAAUAUAUAUUCAAUUACAUAAGAAAUAUGCAAUCAUGUCUGAAUGUAUAAAAUUGAUAUGAAUAUGGAGUAUAAAAUUACAGAAUCCUGCAGAUUAAAGCUGCCAACAUUUCGAUACUAAACUUCCCGUUUAGAAACAGAAAUAGCU